AUGGAUACUGGUGCAUUCCCUCGGGUAAUUAGAUCACCUGAACUUAAAGUCCUCUUUGACUCCGUGGAAACAGCUCUCCGUGUCCCAGAAGAUCAAGAGUCUUUUGCCAAGAGUUUAUUGUUAGCUUCACAUCUUGAAGAAACCGUGUCGCAAAUUAAACUUCUAUCAGAAAAACUUAUUCUAACAAAACUCGAUAAUGUGUCUGGAAAAGAAGAUUCAGGAACUAUUUGUGUUUUUGAUGUUGACGUUUUCUUUGAAAAAGAUGAUCUUCAAGUAGUAAAACGGGAUCCUGACUUAUGGAUCAAGACCGCUCACCUAAAAAACGAAAGAAUUCUCAAAGUAAUUCUUGUGCACAGCAAAUCUCUUCGUGUUAUCGAAACAAAACUCCGCGUUUACAGAGAAUAUGAAAGUCUAUUUUGCUCAAAAAUGCUGCAUAUACAACACGAAUAUGAGGAUUUUUCUGAUAUUGCAAAAAUGAGCGCAAAUGCAAAAGUAAUGUCAAUUCAGAGAACUAUCCAGUCUUUAAUACAAAGCAUUCCUUCUAAAGAACUUUUUUCCAUUAUUGAUGAAGCUGCAAAAAAGGCUUAUUCGAGAGAAAACAUAAGAAACAUUUGUUUCAACGAAUUUAUCACAGAUGGGGAGGAUGUUGGAACAGUUUACAGUAACAGUUACGUAUGUCGAUUCUUUGUAACUGUUAGACGAAUCAAAGCUGAAUUAGUGACAAAUACUUUGCGCUCAGUAGGCAAAGCAUUUGCAUCUGAAAUAUGCAAGGGGAUACUUCGUCAUAUCGAAUCAAAAAUCCAGAGUGCGUUAAGACAUGAUCUAAUAAGACUUCGAUUCAAUAUUUCUGAUGAUAUCUUUGCAACUGUCACGGUUGUAUUGUUGUUUGUCAUCGCUUCAGUUAUCAAUCCGGUUGUUGGUGCAGCUGCUGCUGUUGUAUCCUUAGUUAUGCAUUUCGUGUUUUCGGUAGAUGUUAACUCUGAAAGCUGGCGGGGACAAGUUGCAGAUGAAAUUUUUAAGACAGUUUCUAAAAAUAAAGAUACUCUCGUGAGCAAAAUAUUGCCGAUGGUAGAGAAAACAUGCAGAACAACAACUGGGGAUCUGAAGAAUGUAUCCAAAAAGCUCGAGGAAUGGACACAGAAAACUGAGUGCAUGGAUAUAAACGAAAUGGUUUCAAUAUGGAAAAAACGGGAAGAAGUGAAGAACAUAAAUGAUCUUAGCAGUUGCCCAUCAGUUUUGAACCUUAUUGCUGGUUUAAAGGACAAAAAACCAACACUGAAGGUCAUUUUAAGCCAUGAUGACGAAGAAGCUAAAAGGAUUUUCAGGAAUAGACCCGGUAUUCCUGAAAAAGUUGAUUUCGUUGUGGUUUCUAGCAUAUCUAAAAAGAAAGCAAGGGAAAAGAAAAACCACAGUUCUUAUCGCAUUGACCAGAAUGAGCGAGAAAAAAUAGGUAAAAUAAUAAAACUUCAGGGAGAAAGGCUUUUUGCAAGUCAUUCAAGUAUCGUUGGACUUGGAAUAGGUAACAUGGACCCUGGUAAAAUACCCUGCAUUAUCAUUUAUUGCCUAGAUGAAAAUUUGAUCCCAUUUGGAGAAAAGCCAAUACCAAAAAUGUUAGAAGGAUGCAUUUGUGAUAUUCGAGAGGACAACAUCAUGUUCGGAGCUUGCUUUGACUGUCACGGAGUCGAUCAUCCGAAUUAUGGUUGUUGUAUUGGGCUACCUUCAAAUGGCUAUGGCUCUGCCGGAUUUUUUGUGAAGACCAUCGGAUCUGAUAAAGAAGCUUCGGGGUUCCUCACAGCCGCGCAUGUUGCAGCAGAAAAUUUAGGAGAUUUAUACUUCAAAAAAACUUUAUUAUCAGAGUAUGAUACUGGCGAUUCUAGACAGGAAAUAGUCCACCCACUGUUACCCAAUGAUACCAAUGGGCAAGGCAUUGGAAUAGUACAAGAAUCAUUUUGCGGGAAUUGGGGACCUGAAGAAAUCGGAAUAGACGCAGCCUUUGUUCAAAACCACAAGCCAAAAGAAGCAGAAUUUAGGGAACUUCGUCUUGCCGAAGAAAACGAACUUAAUUAUGAUGACCAACUGAUAGUAUUAAAAAGAGGAGGAACAACUGGUGAAACAUUCGGCCGUUUACUCGAUGGUUCCUGGUCCCCUUGCGUAAAUCCUCGUGUGGACGAUAUUGCAUGGAGAAUUGGUGGAUUUUAUUUUUUUGAAAGUUGCUUUGCAAUUGAGGAUAUGAAUGACCAAUUUUUUGAUCUUGGUGAUUCUGGCUCGGGGGUCUUCCUCACGGAAAACUUAAACCCAACAAAACCUCUAGGUAUAGCGUUUGCAAAACUUGAUUACGAGCCGAUAACAUUUGUCUGCAGAAUUAAUCAAAUUGCAGAAGCCUUUAACUUACGUGUAUAUGAAAUCCUGAACCAAAUUGAUCAAAAUUAAAUCAAAAUGGCAUGUAGUUUGUUAAUUAAGUGGUGAC